ACAUUUCUUCAUGCUAUUUCUUUUGUAUGCACAAAUUGAGCUCUUAUGAAUUAUUUGUGUGACUUACUUUUGGUCGAUUUUUGGCGCAUAUACCGCAUAAACUGUUUAAAAGCUAGAAGCAUAUCGAGUCCUUAAAAUUAUGAGUAACAAUAAUAAACAGCUGCCAAGCUUUAACACCAGCACCAAACCAGCAUCAAUGGCGCUCAAAACUCAAGGAAAAACACUCCGGGACACCCGUAAACAAACAAACAAAUUGGAACAGGAGAGCAAAAACAUGGAGGAACGAUUGAAUGACCUCAAGAUGCUUCUAAACAGAGAUCGAAUGGAACGUAGUACCAAUGCGGCAUCGGCUAAUGCAAACAUCUGGGGAAGUAGCACGGCAUCAUCUCAUUCCGGAACUCACAGACAACCGGCCGCAGGCGUUGCUGGAACCGCUGGAUCAUCAGGAGUUAUGAGUCUCGCAUCCGCGCCGGUGUCGAAGAGCAAGUCGACUCAACAGAAAGAAAAUAUGUUUCCGAAGAGAGUUAAAGUUUUGAAAGAUAUUCCAAUUAGCGAGCCUCCAAAGGGCCCCGAUCAAAUCAUGGCCUUUGCAAAAAUGAUGGAUCGGAAACCUCUGAGUGGAAAUUAUGCACAGAGAAGUUCCACAGAAAACAACCCAAUGUGCCCCAGCUGUUCGAAAAAACACGUGACUGUGAUAUGUACUGAAUGUCAAGACUAUUUCUGCAGUAUGUGUUUCGCCAAAGGUCAUUUGAAAGGCGAGGCGAAAAAGCACAAGUCGAUACCGUACGAUGAAAAUAAAGUACCUGAAAACUUAAGACAGUCUCUGGAUGCUUACGGCGAUGUCUCCAACUUCACAAAAGACGGAAUUAAAUUUCAAAAUGUCGAAUACUCAAACGAAAGUUCUUCUCAGAAAUUUCCAAAAAAUGAGCCAAAAAAUUUCGAAAUGUACGACGAGGAAGCUUCCGCGGCAUCUUUCCAGGAAGCUUUGAAAGAGUGGCGCCAAGCGGGCUCGGCAACUAGCCAAAAAUCAACUAACGGACUCGUUUCGACAGCAUCGAAUGGUAUAACGACAAGCAAAAUAUCGAAUAAAAGCAACGUGCCGAAAAAGUCUGUCCCAAAGCAGAGCAAAGCAAUUGGAGCUGACAAUACACUUGAGCUGAAAACUUCAGACGAUGUAAUAGCCGAGUUCCAAUUCAAAGAAGACUCGUCAUUGACCUAUGCCGAAAAGCUCCUUCUGAAAAAGUCAUUUACUGGCAAUGGAAGGAACGAGAGCUUCUCGUCAAGAAAUGGAAGCCGUAUGACCGACACUGGAGCUGAAGUAGCGCGGGAGGACGAAGAGUUAAACGUGGAAAUAUCUGAAGUUCGCGAAAAUAUAAACCGAUAUUUUUCACCGCGAAACACGGAGCAAAAAAGGAAUGUUCUAGAAGAAAUAGAAAUAACGGAAGUUUUCGAUGAGGACGAUAGUUUGAACGGCCCAAAUGAAACUACACUUUGUAGCGUUAUGGAACCAGAUUUUGAGUUAAAUUACGGAUCUCAACUGAACAAUAUGCUAAUAGAGCAUCAAAAGCCAAAAAGCAUAGAAGAGUUAAAAGCAAGGCCACACAACAGUGCAAAACCACCAGAAAAGAAAAUAACCUUACAAAACUCCAAAAAAUCUGAAAACGAUGCCCCAAAGAGAGCAAAAACGCCAGCAUCUAGCAAUCAGCCGAACAAUUCCAAGUCGAAAACCCCCAGAACGCCGAAAACUCCAACAAGGACAUCAAAACAAAAGUCAAAUUACAAACAGGAAGCAAAUACAUCAGAAAUGUCUAGGCCUACCUCGGCCAUGAGUUUGACCAGAGAGCCCACAAUUAAACUGGCCGAAAUAGCUAAACUGCCAAAAAGUGGAAUUAUUGUCCCCACAGCGGAUGUAAGUAGUUUGUUCAUGGUAGGCGUGGAGCAGGGAGGCAUUGUAAACAAAACUGAAAAGGAUCAUUUUACUCGAAAUGAUAGUAAUAUUAACACAUCGACUUUGAUUACUAUACGCAAAUCAAAAGCCCCGUGGAGACCUGGUUCUAGCCUUCAAGAUAAACAGGAGGAAUCUUCAAAGACAACCGCAGAUGCUAGUCAGCAAAAUGAACUCAGAGAACCGGAAGGUUUCCAGGAAUUUGAAAAUGAAAUCAUGCUACUCGAAAAUAUGGGCCGCGAAUCCACACGUAACAAAACGGCAUCCAGUCUUGGCACAAAACAAUCAAAAAUGAGAAGUGCGAAAAUUUUGGAAGCCGAAAAAAGUAAUGAGAAACUGGGUGCACAGGGGCUUCAAACGUCAAUUGCUCUUGGGGAAGCUUCAGACGAUGACGACGAUGAAAAGACUUUAGACGACCUUGAGUACGAACUAGCUUGCAACACUGGGCGUCUCAAUGAAGACGGAAGCCGAAUGGAUAGAAUAACUCAAGAUCUUCAGGGUAUUUUGAAUGACCUUGAGGUGACCUCAAACGAUAUCGAAGACGAAGAUGAUCUCAAUCGGACAAUAAUAAAUGAAGAUGAUGAGAAUGAUUUGAAGUUCACGCUUUCGAUAAAUGAAGAAAUGGAAAAAAAUUACGCAAGUGAUGAAGACGACGAUGAAGAUGACAUGAAAUCAGUCCGCAACUUAUAAGCGUCCUUUAUAAGUCUUAAUUGUUUACCUUAGAAAUUCUGUUUAACCUUUAA